AUGGCUGUGAACUACCGUCCAAUCUCUCUCAUGAGUAUUGUUGUUAAAACCUUAGAACGCAUGGUUCACAAACAUAUUAUGAAUUUUCUCUCAGCAGAGUUUCUCAACGACUUACCUUCAAGUGUGACUAGUAAUGUUGACCUUUUCGCUGACGAUAGUGUUAUUCAUCGUCAAAUUUCUACAAGUAACGAUUGCGUCCUUUUUCAAGAAAAUUUGAAUCAAGUAGGAGAUUGGUGUGAUGCAUCGUUAGUCCAGUUGCAGAACGAAAAAUGUCUAAUUGUUCAUGUCACAAGGCAAAAAAACCCUUUGAACUAUGAGUAUAAUCUUGUUGGUAUACCAUUACAGAGUGUUGCACAACAUAAACACGUAGGGGUUUGGUUACAAUCCUCAUUAUCUUGGGAAUAUCACAUUAGCUCUAUUUGUGGACGACCUAAUCGGAUCUUGGGUUUAAUACGGAGAACAUUUGGCUACAAAAAUCGAAAAGGCAUUGAGGUUGCCUUUAAGUCCUUAGUAAGACCAAUUUUAGAAUAUUGUUGCCAAGUAUGGAAUCCAUACUUAAUUAAACAUGUAAACGCAAUGGAAAAGAUUCAACGGCGAGCUACCAGAUAA